CCGGCCUCCGACGGCUGCAGAGCCAGAAGGCUGACAUCUUCCCAAAACUGUCCGAAAACGACUGAAGCAGGUCCAGUAGCAGGACUGGAGUUGGCUCUGUUGCGUGCUUCCGCAUAUGAGACGUUUCGUGGACGGUGUUGCGGGAAGUCGCGCUUUUCAGCGUCGAACGGGUGUGACAGACGUUGAUGUGAGCGGACCUGACAGUUCCGAGAGGCUCUCAGCCGCGAAUCGCCGGUGAGGUUGGUCCCGACAGCAAUUCCUGGAUGGUGCUACGAAUCGGGAAAGACCAGGACCCAGCGAAUCGUAGGAGCCUUGUGCCCACCUUCAUUGGGCGGGAGAGCCGCUCACCUUCAGCAGGACCGCUAACGGACGCAAAGCAAGGGAAGAAUGGAAAGGAGGG